AUGAAGACAGCCUACUUGUGUCUUGCCUUCAUGGCUCUCGCAAGUCGUCAAAUGGAGGUCUUUGCUAUGUACGAAAUGAAGUACACGCCACCCAACUAUCCGUCUGAAAACAAGACUUUAGUUGGGUUUCUUAUCAGAAGCUUUGACUAUUCCCAUCAUGUCACGGUAUGCGGAAAAGCGUGUCUCAAUGACGGGAAAUGCAAGUCAUUCAACUAUAAGGAAGAAACUACAACCUGCGAGCUGAACAAAGCAUCGCAUUUAGAUAGCGAGUCUGCCCUCGAAGACAGCGACGGUUAUAUAUAUUUGAUGCGAGACGCAUUUUUUCUACCAGCGGAAGCGUUAGGCGCAUGUGCCAGUGACCCUUGUGGAAAUGGUACAUGCCAAGAAACAUGUGAUGGCAAGUUUUUAUGUGUCUGUGAAUAUGGGGUAUGGACUGGAGAUAUUUGUGAAACACCGGUGGUACAUGGCGGAUGGGGUGACUGGGGGCUAUGGGAAGGUUGUUCAGUAUCGUGUGGAACUGGUGUUCAUUACCGGUUCAGACAGUGUAACAAUCCAACGCCAUCAGAAUAUGGUGGACGUGCUUGCAAGCACGAAAAUAACGUUAUGAAUGUAGACGCCGAAAAAUGCAAUACUACACCAUGUCCACAAUGGGCGAUGUGGGAACCUUGGAGUAUCUGUCAGCCGGGCCAUACAUCAUGUGGACUGGGAACACGUAGUCGUAUGCGUUCCUGCAUGUAUGACGGAACUCCAGAUGUAGACCCCGGAUGCACAGGAUCCACAACGGAAACAGGUGUUCCGUGCAUGUCACGUGAUUGUGAUGUUCCAUUAAAGCUGACUGGAUCGUCCACAUACGGCGAAGGAAUCCUGGAGAUAUAUGACAAUAUUAGAGAUGAAUGGGGCACCAUAUGCGAUACGGAUUUCUCAUCACAUGAUGCAAAUAUUGCCUGUCGACAAAUGGGCUUCUCCGGAUCAGCCGUGGGUACCCCUACAAUUACACCCAUUUCCGAUACGUCAUAUCCAAUAUUACUGAGUAACGUCGAGUGUACGGGAAGCGAGGUCACCUUGACGACUUGCACCCACAACGGAUGGAGGGAAGUGACAGGUUGUAGCCAUGACGACGAUGUGGCCUUGAAAUGCGCAGUUGACGCGAGAUGGGGCAAGUGGUCGCCGUGGUCUCUUUGUUCACUUACAUGCGGAGCUGGUGUACAAACCCGUACUCGUGUAUGCGAUCCCCGUAGUGGUGGCACCUGUAUCGGUGUUGCUGAUGAUACGUUGGAAUGUGAAGUAGACACGUGUAACCCAGAGAUCUAGCUGUUGAUUACUGUGAAAUCAACUGAAUCGACUAAGC